AUGGCUCUCUCCACUAGCGACUACACGGUGGGCUGUAUCUGCCCUAUGGGGAUGGAGGUAGCUCCGGUCAAAGCCAUUCUGGAUCAUGAGCACACAAAGCCCCCCACUCCUCGCGGAAACAAUACCUAUAUAUUUGGGGAAAUUUCAGGGCACAAUGUUGUCAUCGCAGUCUUAUCGGAGGUUGGCAACAUUGCUGCAGCGAUCAAAGCCGCGCAACUUAAGCAUGACUUCCCAUCGAUCAAAUUUGGACUGCUGGUUGGCUUUGGGGGCGGAGUACCCAAUAUACACAAUGCUGUGGACAUUCGACUAGGCGAUGUCGUCGUAGGUAGUGGUGUCGUGCAAUAUGAUAUGGGGAAGCAGACAGUAAAAGGUUUCCAGCGGACAGGAGCCUUGAAAAAACCCCCUUCGAUCUUACUAGAAGCCAUUCAGCAACUAAUUGCGCGGCGUGAGCUAUCUGAAAGCCAAAUCCACGAACAUCAAUCGAGCAUAGUGGAUAGGCUUCCCAAUGAGAGGGAGAAAUAUAGCUAUCCUACGACGGCGAAAGACCUCUUAUUCCGAUCAAGCUAUGAACACCAGGGCGGUGCGACUUGCAAUGAUUGCAAUGUGCUUCAGACCGUUCAGCGAUGUGAUCGCGCACAUACAAGGCCUUAUAUCCAUUACGGGACGAUCGGAUCGGCCAAUAAGGUGGUUAAGAACGCGUUUGAGCGAGAUAGUCUAUCGCGCGGUGAUCUGAACAUUAUUUGUGUGGAAAUGGAAGCAGCAGGCGUGAUGUACUUCCCGUACUUGGUAAUUCGUGGAAUCUGCGAUUACGCCGACUCGCACAAGAACGAUCAGUGGCAGCCAUAUGCAGCGGCGACAGCGGCAGCUUAUGCGAAAGAGCUGCUGUCAGUCAUCCAGCCUCAGGCUGUUGGCCAGAAAGUUCAAACAAGAUGUUCUAGCCCCUACUGGGCCAACGAAACGUAUUCGCAAGCGCUCCAAGCUUUCAGGACGCACGACUACGAAGGAUUCAAGAACACAAAAUCGAAAUGUGAAAAGAAUACAGGGACUUGGUUCUUCGAACAAGAGCAGUUUCGUGCAUGGCUGAAUAGCCCUCGCAGCUCCUGCCUCUGGUUGUCCGCCGACCCAGGCUCUGGUAAAUCCGUGCUCUGCCGGCGCCUUGUCGACACACAUCUGGCGAUACCGGGUCCAAAAAUAUUAUAUUACUUCUUCGACGGGAGCAAGAAGGACAAUGUCGCUGAAACUGCAUUACAGGCUAUUCUGCAUCAGCUCUUUCUCACCGAUGAGACCUUAAUCGAAAUUGCGGUAGACUAUUUCCAUCAACACGGCAAAAACUCAGUUCGAGAAUUGAACUCGCUCUGGAGCAUAUUUCGAAAAUGCAUGUCUGAUUCUCGAGUCGGUACCAUUAUAUGUGUUCUAGAUGCUGUCGAUGAGUUUGGGGGAGGUAACAGCGAAGAACAAUUCCUCAAGUUUGUGAAUGAUCUGACGGACUUAAUCGAGGACGCUCAAGAUACAGGCAAGACAUUCAAAUUGGCCGUUAGCAGUCGCCCGUACUUUCUUACCAACACUAUCUCUCGUGAACUUCAGCAGCGGGUGGAAGUCUUCUCGAUCAAUGGAGCACAGGAGUACAAGAGUCUCGCCCAAGAUGUCGAAACGUUCAUCAGCCAACGUCUCAAAUGCUUAGUUCAGACCUUAAAACUUACAGAAGAAGAGGUCGAACUUGUAGAUUUUAGAUUAAAGGCUGGUCGGCGACAGAAUUUCCUAUGCGCUCAUUUUCUCUUGGAAACCCUGCGCAAGAAGCCUCCCUCGACGGCCCAAGCAUUGUUGGAUGCAGUGAAUGAUCUCCCGCGAGGUCUCGAAGACCACUACAGACGGGUACUCACUCUUUGCACAGACCACAAAAAGGCAAGAGCUAUAUUUUCCAUCCUUUUGGCAGCAAAGAGAGCUUUGAAUGUCGGCGAGCUCGCCAUGAUUCUUCUGCUUCAACCAGGUUUUCAGGGCUUGACGACGACUACUGACCGUGCGACGGAUAUCAUCAGAGACAUAUGCGGGAUGCUGGUGCAGGUAGUCAGCGGAAAGGUGUACUUGAUCCAUGAUACGUUGAGAACGUACCUCCUCAAUCCAGAAACAGAGAUCAAUCGAUCGAAGGACAGACGAGAUAUGAGUCUCUGUAAACACAGCAUCAACGUUGAUGAAGGUGAAGCGAGGCUGUCACUGGCCUGCACGAGGAUUGUCAGCGUCGAAAGACCUCUUCGGGGCGAACAGCCAGAGUUCAGGGAGUACGCUCAUCAGCACUGGGGUGUACACCUCUCCCGGACUCUUCGGUCCGUCCGUUGUCGUCAUCCAAUUGUUCAUAUUGAGAAGAUGAUCGGCUACGGGCUUGACUUACAGAUGCUUGAUAGUGAUGGCAAGAGUCUCUUGCACCGAGCAGUCGAUACACAUGUUGAUCGGGUCAAUCGUGAAGUCGUGCGCGGGAUUAUCAGCCAUGGGGGACUGGUGCAAACCGCAGACCGCGAUAACAUGACUUGUCUGCAUUAUGCGACAUUACGAAGCAAUGUAGCGCUGGUCCAGAUGCUCUUGGAGGCUGGAUUUGACAGCAAUGUGGCGGUCCGAAGGAAACCCGGCGCAAUACAUGAGACUCAUGACAGAAAAGACGUUGCACAUGGAGGACUCACAGCUUUGCAUGCAGCUGCAUACUUUGGAAGGCCUAAUAUGAUAGAGCCACUGCUCAAUGCUGGAGCAAAUGCUCAACUCCAGGACGAGGAUGGUAACACGGCUUUGCAUCUAGUGCUUAGCAGCAAAUUCGAGUACAAGAGCAGAGAAGAUCUCUGGUCUGCUGGUGUGUUUAUGCUCGAGAGUAUGCCUGAAUAUUUGUUUGAUAUUGAUGAUGAAGUGGAAAAAAAAGACGCAAUGCAUGACUUUGAGAACAAUUGGCGAGAAUCACGACACAGGAUGUUAGAAAUCCUCUGUUCAGGGGCAGGGCUAUCCCUUCAUCAACGCGAUAUCUAUGGCAACACGGCCCUACACCAUGUGCCAUAUGACCACAAGGAAUCGGCAAGGAGAACGACACAGUAUUUGUUGGAGCAUGGUCUUGAGGGAUCACUGCAAGACGGCAAAGGUAUAGCACCCAUCCAUCUUGCUGCCCGCGCUGGAAAUGUUCAGUGCCUUGAGAUUCUGCUGAAGGGUCCAAAAGAUCUGCUGAUUCAAGACAAAAGAGGUUGGAAUGUUUUACAUCAUGCAGCUCUAAGUGGCUGUGAGUCCACGGUCGAGUUCAUAAUUGGAAGCUCGACUUCCUUGGAGAUCGAAACGUCCUUGGAUUAUCAAGGGAUGAAUGCACUACAUCACGCAGUUGAAGGGUUUCCUGUCUAUGCGACCAUAGAUAAGUUGAUUCAACUUGGGGUCGAUCCGCGGCACAAGGAUCUGGAGGGAAGAGACCCUCUUGCCUAUUACAUUGAACAGAAGUUGGGGAAGCCACAAUCAGAUAUCGUACAAAGGCUGAUCGAGAGCGGUGCAGAUUUGGACUAUCUGGACAAGGAGGGAAGGAAUCUAGCCACUUUGGCUGUCAAUACUAAAUGGAUACUUUCUCUGGGCAUCUUAUUGUUGCUUCAAGAAGCAGGCGUUGACCUCCUUGCCGUCGAUGCACAAGGUAGGAGUAUCCUACAUUACGCAGCCAUUUUCGGCUCCGUGAACAUCGAUUUAUUGCGCCAUCUCGACGGAUGUAUGCAUCUUGACCUUGAUAUGCGUGACUUCUCAGGGACGACUGCUCUUCAGUAUCUUACGGCAAUGUCCCAGAAGGAGUACUCAGGCUGGCAUUGGAGGACGAACCGCUGGAAAGUCGCAGAAGUCGAUUUCCGGAAUUAUCGUUUACAGGCCCAAGGCCACUGCGAGUGCAAAGACUGGAGGAGAAUGUCUUGA